AUAUAUACAUCACUUCUCGUUCUGUUCUGUCCUGUUUGUUAAGGCUUUUCUCUCUGCUGGUUUGUCAGUUGACUCUUUGUUCGGUUUCUUAGGAAAUGGGGGAAGACAAGACAAAGGCAAAUAUAGGCAUCGUUGCUGGGUGAUCAAAUCACCAUUUGAGAUUGAGAGAGGAGGCCAUGGGAGGCGUUUGUUCGGGUGGAAAGUCGACCAUACGAGAUGCUAAGGAGGGGAGCGAGACCAAGGUUUCGCGAUCCCCAGGGAGGCAGAGGUUAACAAACGGCUCCGAUAAGCAGAAAGAGGUCUCCUCCUCAUUGUGUUCUGAUGGGGAGGCGAGUCAGAACGCGCUGCAAAAGCAUGAUGGAAGUAAUCUAUCAGUGGCGGUCUCAUGCAGAGUCAAGUCUUCUUCAACUGCCCAAAAUGGGCCGAGCAAGAUUGCAAAGAAGAGUGCAUUUUCUGAAAGGUCACGGAAUUUGAGCUUCAAGCAGGCUGUAAAAAUCUUGGAUACAAUUGGGAAGAGCGUCUCAGGUUUGAGCAAUGAAUUCAUCUAUGGCUUGGUAUCGAGAGGGAAUAAGAUAUCUAUCCUGGCCUUUGAGGUGGCCAAUACGAUAGUUAAAGGUGCGAAUCUACUUGAGUCCCUUUCAGAGAAUAACAUUCAGUCUCUCAAGGAUACUUUGCGAUCCGAAGGAGUCCAGCGUUUAGUUUCCCAAGACAUGAAUAAACUCCUGAUGAUUGCUUCUUCUGACAAAAGGGAGGAAUUUGAUGUCUUCUUACGAGAGGUGAUUCGGUUUGGAGAUCUGUGCAAGGAUUCCCACUGGCACAACUUGGGCCGAUAUUUCUCUAGAUUACAGUCAGACGAUUCAGACCUCAAGCCCCUGAGAGAAGAAGCUGAAACAACAAUUGGAGAGUUGAGUCUUUUCGCCCGGUAUACCUCUGAGUUGUACCACGAGUUGAAUAUCUUGGAUCGAUUUGAACAAGACUACAAACAAAAGCUCGAAGAAGCAAAGUGUUUCAAUCUUCCCCAUGGAGGAGAGGAGCUCAUGAUGUUGCGCGAUGAGCUGAAGCAUCAGCAGAAGCUUGUAAAGAGUUUGAAAAGGAAAUCUCUUUGGUCAAGAAAUAUAGAGGAGAUCAUGGUGAAGCUUAUCGGCUUUGCUACUUAUAUUCAUCAAAAGUUCAUGGGAGCCUUUGGAAGCAAUGGUCUCAUUACAAUGGGCAGUAGAGAAGAUGCUCACAGAUCUAAUAAUACCCAAAGAUUAGGUCCAACAGGUCUUGCAUUGCAUUACGCCAACAUAAUCAUUCAGAUUGAUACAAUCGCUUCCCGGCCUGCGUGCCUUCCACAUAAUAUCCGAGACUCGUUGUAUCAUGCUUUGCCAAGUAGUGUUAAGACAGCUCUACGUUCUCGACUAAAAGCAGUCAGUUUAAAUGAACGGUUUUCUAUUUCUCGUGUCAAGGCUGAGAUGGAGAAAACUUCAAGAUGGCUCAUUCCUUUUGCGACAAACACUAUCAAAGCUCAUCAGAAGUUUGGGUGGGUCGGAGAUUGGGCUAAUGCCAGCAAGGAUUCCGCAAAGAGCACAUCUACAAGCAACGAACCAAUCUGCCUCCAGACUUUAUACCACGCAGAUAAGGAGAAAACAGACCUUUACAUUCUUGAAAUAGUGGUGUGGCUUCAUCAACUGAUGAGCCUCGUGAAAGAGAGGGUCCAUUCAAUCGGGCCCUUGUCCAUAGAGUCUCCAUCCCACCAAAGGGCCCCAAAGUUCCACCCCAAAAUGCAGCAGUUUCCUCCUAUUAACUACAGCGUACAAAAACCAGAUCUGCCAAAAAAGGCUGAAGUUAAACUUUCUCAAGAAGAUAGGAAUCUCCUGGAAGAGGUGUGCCGAAGGAGAUCAGUUCCAGGAAUAAGCAAAAGCCAAUCAUUGACAGUUUCCAGGAAGAAAAGGAGGGGCAAAGUUUGUCCCUUGAGCAGGAGUACGGGAAGCUCACCAAGCCGGGAGAUGGGGGAGAGACCUGUAUCCAAACACCCGAGUAUUGAUGUCUUGGACUUAAUCGAUGGAUUAAAUGAAACUCUCAACUAAGCUUGAUCUUUCCCCAAAUUAAAAUUAAACUUUUCACACGAUGUAUAGUAUAGCUUCGUUUUGGUGAUUGUGAUUCUCUUGGCACUGUUAAACGACUCUCAAGUAUCUAUGUAUUGUAUCAUUGAGUAUACAUCGAAGUUUUCGACAUGAA